UUUAGAUGUUAUGUUACUCGUACUGUCAGUUCGUGUUUCUUCAGUCAGCAGUAAGGACCGUUCCAGUUUAGUAGUCCCCGAAAUCAACCAGCAAAAUGGCUAGCAUCUUCGAUGACGUAGACCCUACCGUGUUCCGUACGUACGCGUUCUGGGCUUCGGUAUUGGUUUUAAAAGUUCUCGCUAUGGCCCUGCUGACUGCACGACAGCGAUUCGCCAAGAAGGCCUUCGCCAAUCCAGAAGAUACCAAGGGCCUCCCCGGGAGUAAAGUAAACCUAGCCGAUCCGGACGUGGAACGUGUACGCCGAGCCCACCUGAACGAUCUGGAGAACAUUCUGCCGUACCUGGCGAUUGGAUUUUUGUACAUGCUCACCAAUCCGCCGGUAUUCCUGGCUUGCAAUCUGUUCCGGGUGGUCGCAAUAGCCCGUAUCGUUCAUACGCUCGUGUACGCUGUGUUCGUGAUUCCCCAGCCUGCACGUGGCUUAUCCUGGGCUGCCGGAUAUUUCAUCACUGGCUACAUGGCAGUUCACACGAUGCUCAAAUUCUUGUAAAAUUCUUUGAAGGAUAUGAGUUGACAUUAAAUUGAAAAAAAAAAAAACGCCCAUCGAUUGAAAACGCAUUGAGAAAAAAAAAACUGAUUGGUCAUUCGAUGCACGUUUCACAAAUCACUUCUGAAUGUUUAA